ACUGCAUGUGUCAGCUGUGUCAACAAACAUCAGCUGCCACAACAACCAGCUGACGACAACACCUGAUCUGGAUCCGCCAUUCACGCCACCUGAGGCCUAAAGCCGCCUGGGGAGAGCCAGCACACACCUGGAGUGACUUACACCCACCCGAGGAGAUUGACACCCACCUAUAUAGGCCUACAAUAAGAGUGGAAAGCAGAGCGCCUCGUCAUAAUAUUAGGCGAGAGCCUGCUCUCUCUCUUUCUCUUAUCACAAGGAUGCUACUCAUCCACCGGCCCUAUCACACCUGAUUGAUCAUGUCAGACGACAGCUGGUUAAACACACUACGAUGGGGUCUGAGCGGGACAUCGGCCCUGGCCAUGAUGUUUGGGGGUGUAGUUCCAUACAUUCCGCAGUAUCUGGAGAUCAAACGGACAGAGAACCCCGAGGGAUUCUCUCUUUAUGUGUGCCUUGUACUAUUAAUUGCCAACACAUUAAGAAUAUUGUUUUGGUUUGGCCAUUGGUUUGAGCUGCCAUUGCUUUUCCAGAGUAUAAUCAUGAAUAUUACCAUGAUGAUGAUCAUAUCACUAUGUGUAUCUAUCCGUAAUAGAGGUCAGCUCGUGCAUGGAAAAGAACAUGUGUUCACUGAUUUUGACUAUGAUUAUUUUUGGGAAUGGAGUGAUGUGCAGUCAUAUGUGGAGUUUAUGCUGACAUUCUCCACGAUGGGUUGUCUUCUUAUGUAUGUGUUCAUCGACUCUGCCGUCUUUGUGGAAACAGCUGGCUUCAUCUCUGUAUUGACAGAAGCGUUACUUGCUGUUCCACAGUUUUACAAAAACUUUGUAACCAAAUCAACUUUUGGAAUGAGCAGGCAAAUGGUGCUGAUGUGGCUGAUGGGGGACUCGUUUAAAACUGUUUACUUCUGGUUACGGGCAGCUCCUCUUCAAUUCUUCAUUUGCGGUUGUCUGCAGAUCUGUAUUGAUAUAGCAGUGUUGCUUCAGUGCUUUGUUUAUAGAAAAAAAAACUCGCACUUAAUUAAUUAGCUAUAUCGAUCAAUAUUAUCAAAUUUUUUUCAGGAGAGCAAAGGAAACAAUGCACAAUUUGUUGAUGUGGAAUUUGUGAUCAUUACAGAACAAACAAUAGCUGGAUAGGCUAGAGUAUUGUUGUAAACAAAUGCAAAUCUCUGCCAUUGUUUAACUUAUGUAUGAUUUGAUGCUUUAUAUCAUAUGUGCAAUGUCUUAUCAAAAGAAUUUGUUGUGCCUUAACAUUUAUUAAUUAUUGAGUUAUCAAGUCUUAACUUGUAUAACAGUAAAGAUCAUGGGAAACAUGCUUAUUUGCAGUAUGUAUGUAUGUAUGUAUAUGUAGGUAUGUGAAAAAUAAAUAUAUAUAUAUAUUUAUAUAUAUAUAUA